AUGGUUAACAAUAUUUAUAACAAGGAUCAGAUUGAAAACGAUAAUUCAAAUUACAUUUAUAAUCACUACAGAUUAUCUCCGCCGUCGCAAUUUCACUCUCAAUCUGAUAACACCGUUCAUUUUCAACGAAUUGAAAAUAUUAAUGACAGCCAUAUUGUUAAUAAUGAAAAUGUUAAUGAUAAUGAUAAUGUUAAUGAUGAUGAUGAUGAUGAUGAUGAUGAUGAAAAUGGCGAUGAAGAUCGUAGUUGUACUGACUACGAUGACGUCGAAGAUAAUCCGCGGAAAAAAUUGUUAAAACAGAUGUUCUGCCUUCCGUUGAAUUAA